AUGUCGAAUCAAACUAUGGCAGAGGUCAACAGCACGGAGGAUUUUGAUUUGGAACAGGCUUCUACGGAGACACGGUCUUGUAAAGGAAUUGCUUGUCUCCCUUUCAUUACUGUAGAGGUAAUUUUAGCUAUCCUUGCAAUCUUGGGGAACGUUUUCCUCAUUGUCGCUUUUGUGAAAUUCAAAGAACUUCGCCAUAGAUCAAACUUCGCAAUCGUGAGCCUCGCCGUAGCAGAUUUGCUCACGGGCGCUAUUUGCAUACCGUACAACAUACUAACGGCGUAUCUGAUUGAAAGCCUCCCGUCUCUGCGCCAUCUUUCAUUUGACAAGUACACAUGCCUUAUGAAAAUAUGCAUCUUCAGCAUUAUGAUGGAGGUCUCUUUCUUGCAUCAGGUGCUAAUAGCAUUUGAAAGAUUUAUGAAGAUUUGUCGACAUGUUCAAUACCCGACAUGGGUGACAAGCAAAAAACUUAUUAUUACUAUUUGGUGCACGUGGUUGUACAUAGUAUUCAUCAAUCUCCCCCCGCUGUUUGGUUGGAACAGUUGGUCUCCCGGUGUAGAAUGCAGAUCGAGUAAAGUUCAAGCGGAUUUCGUGCGCUACAUCAUUAUUCCCCACCAGCCGAUAUGUCUUCUGGCAGCGUUCGGGUUCUACAUCGCCAUUUUCCGCUAUGUUCAGCAGCAAAAAAGAAAGAUCGCGAGUUACACAAACUCUGAAAACUGCCAUCAAACCAAUGAGAGUGUUUUGUCGCAUGAUCCCAUUGGGCUUGGACGAGAAGUGGACCACCCAGACUUUUCGAUGCCUUCAACAUCAAAAACGUCGGUGCCUCUUAUGACUGAUAUUGCAGGGUGUUCUUACAAAACCUCGCCGAUAACACGGGUGGAGCCUUUAUUCAGAGCUGACCCAAAAAGCCCCGCAAUGUUAGAUGCUCCAACAAAGGGGAAAGGAAAGGGAAAACGGUCAGCUCCGACUACUGUUUUCGUUUUGAAACAAAAUCCUCGACCACGAGAAGAUCGUCAAAAUUCUUCUCCCGCCGCCCAUCAGCAUCGUGCCAAGCCUGGAAAAGCCGCGAAAAAUGUAGAAGUGAAGGUAGCAAAGAUGACGUCACUCAUCCUUGCCAGUUUUACGUUACUCUUCAUUCCAUCUAUGAUACUAUUUUUGUGCGAGAGGUACUUCAGAAAUAAUAGAUACACCUUUAAUAUUCUUUUCAACAUUACUAUUGAAUGUAUGUGCCUCGGGUCUGUAAUUAAUCCCUUUAUUUACGGAAUGCUGAAUAGGAAUUUCAGGGAGGCUUUCUUUAAAUUAUUAAGAUUUGAUCGCUUCGGUUAA